GCUAGAGCUCUCCAAGGUAAUAAGGGCAAGACUCGUGACGGUGCGGUCGUUUCUGUACUCGGCUCGCGAGCUCGUCAUCCUUCCGCUUCUCGCCGAGAGAAAGCUAGGGUUUUGCUUCCGGAAUCUCCUCACACCGCCGCUGCCGCUGCCGCCGCCCGACCUUACACCGGAGAUACCACCGCCUCCCUCAUCCGAUCCGGCCUUUUUGACCCCCGGAUCUCGCCCAAGAUGCUUCCCCUCUCGCUCCUCAAGACUGCCCAGGGGCAUCCCAUGCUCGUGGAGCUAAAGAAUGGAGAGACUUACAACGGGCAUCUGGUCAACUGCGACACGUGGAUGAACAUCCACCUUAGGGAGGUCAUUUGCACCUCAAAGGACGGUGACAAGUUUUGGAGGAUGCCGGAGUGUUACAUCCGCGGGAACACCAUUAAGUAUCUUCGAGUCCCGGAUGAGGUUAUUGACAAGGUUCAGGAGGAAACUUCCAAGAGCCGAUCAGAUAGGAAGCCACCAGGUGUUGGCCGCGGAAGAGGAAGGGGAGAUGUCGGUGCUAAACCUGGAGGCAGAGGCAUUGGACGUGGCCAAGAUGAUGGAGGCAGAGGCAGUGGUGGCCGAGGAAGGGGUGGAGUUGGUGGCAAAGGUGGUAACAAAGGUGGGGGGCGUGGCCGUGGCUGAAGCUGGUCGUCACAUUGGAGAAUGCCGCUUUUUAAGGCCUGUAGCUGUGUUGCAUAGAUUGCUUAGGACGUGGACCAUGGAGCUGGAAUUGGUUGGUUGUUUUCCGUGACAAAAACCAAAGUGGUUCGUGUGAUCUAAACACCGAGGAAGAGGCGGCAGCCAGACUAGCUUAUCUCUCUUCCUCAAAAUAGUUUACUUGAUAUGGAGUAAGCCUGUUCAUUUGCUGAGAGGUAUCCAGAUUAAGUGGCUAA